CAACGACACGACACGCACGACACGACCACCUCACACCUACAGCAACUAAACCCAGAACCCGCAAUCUCGCGCAUUCGUUCCGGCUACCCCCUUCCCUUGUCUAGCUGUCGGUCGACUUAUUAUAAGUCAUCUCCACAUCCUCUUCUUUCUUCUUAUUAACUUCUCUUCCCAUCUCUUCUCUGUGUUCGACUUCCUCCUCUCUUUCUCUUUCCCCCCACCAAUCGACUUCACCCCUCCAAAGUCUUUAAACAUGUCUUCUCGUCCUCAGAACAUUGGCAUCAAGGCCAUUGAGCUUUACUUCCCCAGCCAGUAUGUUGAUCAGGUCGAGCUUGAGAAGUUCGAUGGCGUUAGCGCCGGAAAGUACACCAUUGGCCUUGGCCAGACCAAGAUGAGCUUCUGCGACGAUCGCGAGGAUAUCUACUCUUUCGCUCUUACCGCUACCUCGAAGCUCCUCAAGAACUACAACAUCGACCCCAACUCGAUUGGUUUCCUCGAGGUUGGUACCGAGACUCUUCUCGACAAGUCCAAGUCGGUCAAGAGUGUGCUUAUGCAGCUCUUUGGCGACAACACCAACAUCGAGGGUGUCGACACCAUCAACGCCUGCUACGGUGGUACCAACGCUGUUUUCAACGCCAUCAACUGGGUUGAGUCUUCUGCCUGGGACGGUCGCGAUGCUAUCGUCGUUGCCGGUGAUAUCGCUCUCUACGCCAAGGGCAAUGCCCGCCCCACUGGUGGUGCUGGUGCCGUCGCUCUCCUGAUCGGCCCCAACGCUCCCAUUGUUGCCGAACCCGGUCUGCGUGGUACCUACAUGCAGCACGCCUACGAUUUCUACAAGCCCGACCUUACCAGCGAGUACCCCUACGUUGAUGGCCACUACUCCGUCAACUGCUACAGCAAGGCUCUCGAUGCCGCCUACCGCGCUUACUGCAAGCGUGAGGCCAAGCAGGCCAAUGGCACCAACGGUGUCACCAACGGCGAUGCCUCUACCAAGACCGGCCUCGACCGUUUCGACUACAUGGCUUUCCACUCUCCCACUUGCAAGCUUGUCCAGAAGUCUUACGCUCGUCUCCUCUACCACGACUACCUCGCCAACGCCGACUCUCCCGUCUUCGCUGAGGUCGCUCCUGAGCUCCGUGACAUGGACUACGAGAAGUCCCUGACCGACAAGGUUGUUGAGAAGACCUUCAUGACCCUCACCAAGAAGCGCUUCCAGGAGCGUGUCAACCCCGCCAUCCAGGUCGCCACCAACUGCGGUAACAUGUACUGUGGUAGCGUCUGGAGUGGUCUCGCCAGUUUGAUUAGCGUUGUCGACAACAAGGAUCUUGAGGGCAAGCGAAUUGGUCUCUUCAGCUACGGCUCCGGUCUUGCUGCCAGUUUCCUGUCUUUCCGCAUCAACGGUAGCGUUGACAAGAUCUCCGACGUGUUGAACAUUCCCUCUCGUCUCGAGUCCCGCCGUGCCGUCCCCCCUGAGACCUACGAUCAGAUGUGCGACCUCCGAAAGCAGGCCCAUCUCCAGAAGGACUACACUCCCAAGGGUGACCCUUCAACUAUCCUCCCUGGUACUUACUACCUGACCAAGGUUGACGAUAUGUUCAAGCGUGAGUACGCUAUCAAGGAGUAAAGAACUCUUUUUUGAUAGCCUCACAACACUUUUACUACUCGUCCACCUUUCGGUACGGGACUUUUUUGCUUCUAGACUUGGUUCAACAGUCACGAACCGGGAUCAGAAGCAUAUCAUGAACAUGAUGACUACAAUGGGAGAAAACUAGACGCAUUGGGAAGAGAAAUGCAACGGGACGAUAGAAGCGCAUCCCGUGUGGUGGAGACUGAUACUGAGACCCCUAAUUGAGCCAGCAAUGAUGGUCAUUGACAGCUUGUGUACAUAACGGGGAUACAGUCUCCCCUGGAAGAUAUAGCAGGAACCUUGAGGCCAUAGACAUGAUCAAUUGGUGCUUAGAAGAAAUUACCACAAUUGGAAUAUAGAAAGAAAUGUAUUUCCAAACA